AAACAUAACUAACGAUAGACAUGGCGUUAAAUACACGUCUUUUUGGUAGAGUUUUUUUUUGCUUUUGUUGUUCUUUCUAACUAAUUUGCGUUUAAACAAAUACCAAUGAAAUUGUGAUUAGUGUUUUCUAGGCUAAUUAUAAUACAAAUCGGAUUUGGUCGGUUUUUUGUCUAUCCCAAACUGAAUGUCUGCACCGAGAAAAUGACGAACAAUGAAUCGUAUCGUCUGUGCGCUUUAAAUAACAACGAUCACAAAUUUAUUCGGAAAGAAUGGCACCGAAAAAUGCUAGACAUCAUUUGCAAAUAUUUUAGAUCAGUGAGAGUGAUCCUUUGUUGACCACAACGGAUUCAUGAAAAUCCGAAAUAUUUAAGCCGAAAUUCCGGAAAUUGAUAAAAAUCAAAAUCAAAUCGAACAACAUUGGGCAACAGAGAUGCUUGAACAACAAUUUAAUGAGGAUGGCAUUGGAAUGGUCAAAAUUGAACCAAGUUUUGAGGAUUCACUUGAUGGUCAACCAGAUUUUGAUGAAUCGACUGAGUUGAAUGAUGAAAUUACCAAAAAAGACUCAAACUUGAAAGAUGAGAAUCGAAAGGUUGCCGACAAAACACAAAAUCUUUGCCAAAAUCGAAGGCAAUCCAGCCAAGCUAAACAAAAGAAGAUUGAUUUUGAAAAGAUAUUUUCUGAAAAUAAACAUCGAUUCGAUAUGUCGUGUGAUGUGUGCCCAAAAUCAUUUGAUUCUUUGGAUGAGGCAAAGACUCACUACGCAACCGCUCACGAUAAUCCAUACGGUUACAUUAAAUGCUGUAAUUUAAAAUUGAAUUAUCGAUGUGUGAUCAAAAAACAUCUCGAUUGGCACUUAGAAAAAUUCAAAUGUGAACAAUGUGGAAAAGUGUGUCGUGAACAUCAAGCGCUUAAAGUGCAUAUGAAACAACAUUCAGACGAUGCACGAGAACAGUAUAUUUGUGAUCUGUGUAAAAAACGAUUCACAUCGAAAGUUGGAAUAAGGCGCCAUUUACAUUGGCAUACCGAAAACAACAAGAAAACUGACGAUGAUCAAUGCCGAAAAUUUAUUGCCGACAAUUUUGACUUGAAUUGUGAUCAGUGCAGUUAUGUCUUCACCACAUUUCAUGAUGCAAGACGUCACUACAAGGAUUUACACAACGAAAAGAAAGGCUAUAUCAAAUGUUGUGACAUCAAAUUAAAUGAAUAUUGGCAGGUCAUCGAUCAUUAUAUCGGUCAUCGAAAUCCAUCUCAUUUUAAAUGUGAGAUAUGUAACAAAUGUUAUGCCGAUCGGAAGAAAUUUUAUUUGCACAAACGAAGGCACAAUCAAGCGUCAACGAUGUCAUUUAUUUGUGAUUUUUGUGGGAAAAAAUUCCGAAGCAAAGAAACCAUUUCACGGCAUUUUUUCGCAAAGCACAUUGACGCAGAACCGACAUUUGAAUGUAAAAUUUGCCAUAAAAGAUUCCAAUUGAUGUCUCUACUGCGAAAUCAUCAUUAUGCAGUGCAUCGUGAGAAAAAGGAGAAACUUGUUUGUGAAACCUGUGGUAAAUCGUUUAAUGUAAAGGCAAAUUUUGAUAAACAUAUGCUAUCACAUGCUGAUAAAUCACAACGAUUGGCACAACGUAAACAAUGCGACCAUUGCGGUGAAUGGGUAAUGAGCAAAAGUGGAUUAUAUUAUCAUGAAAUAAUGCACAAGAGCGGUGUUCAGAAGUGUAAUCAAUGUGAAAUGGAGCUACCACAUAAAUUGGCUCUAUUGGCUCACAUUCGAAAAUGUCAUAGAGAACUAAAGCAUAAAUGCAAAUUCUGCGACAAAUCAUUUGACAUUUUGUCAAAGUUGAAGGAACACGAAGACGGCCAUACUCGACAAAAUGUAUAUCCUUGUAAAUACUGCAAUAGAGCGUUCACCGUACAAUGUUCAAGACAAACACAUGAACGAAGAAAUCAUCCGGACGAGAUAAGGGAACGAAAAAAAAUGCGCAAAUUAUUAGAAUUUCCUGCACAAGCAAAUACUUUUGUCCAAAUGAGUGGAAAAUGUUGCCGUUUGUGCUCGUGCACGAAUGCCAGCAAUUAUUUGGAUAUAUUUAGUGAUGCUGGAAUUGAAAUGAACAUCAGCAAAAUAAUUGGUGAACAUUUCAAACACGAAGUUCGUGAAUCCGAUACGUUUCCAAAUUAUGUGUGCCAAAGUUGCUGGCAAACGACCGAUGCUUUUCACGAGCUCUAUGAAAAGUCCAAAUUGUCAAUGGAAAAAUUCUUGAAUCCAACGAUAAAAUUGGAGACAAAUUAUUGGCAAAGUAACAAUGAAGUUCAUUACAUAGAGGAAUCUCAACUUCUCACAGACUCUGUCAAACUUGAACCAAGUAUAGUGGACUCAGAUUCAAAUGAAAAUGAUCGAAUUGACUUAGAUGAAAAUACAAAUGACGAGAAUAGCAAUGAAGAGAACAGUAAUGAAGAAAGUGAUGAGAAUGGCAUGAAUGAAGUUGAUCAAGACAAUUCAGGUUUCAACAAAGAAAGACCAAUUUCCAAAAAGAAACAACAAAGAACAAAACGAAAAAGUAAGGCAUUACAGUUUGAAAAAUUAUUCACCGAAAAUCGGCAACUAUUUGAUAUGAAUUGUGAUUUUUGCGAAACAAAAUUCGAGACGCUCGAUGAUGCCCGACAGCAUUACGCAAAAGUACAUAAAAAUCCAAAGGGAUAUAUUAAAUGUUGUAAUAUAAAACUUAUAUAUCCAUGCAAAGUCGUACAACAUUUGCAACGCCAUUUGGAACCUCUCAAGUUUAAAUGUACCAAAUGUCCAAAAGUUUAUCUAACCGAUCGCGAAUUAGCCAAACACAUAGACUCAAGACAUAAAGGGGCGCCAAUUCGUAAAGAGAAGACGGUACCAUGUAAAAUUUGCCGAAAAAUGUUCACUACAGAACAAAGUCUGGACUAUCAUAUGCGACGGCAUCAGGAAAAAGAUGAAUCCGAAGACGGACAGUUUGUGAAAUUUAUAGCUGAAAAUUUCGAUAUGAAAUGUGAUCAUUGUGACACAGUAUUCUCUGCAUUUCAUGAUGCACGCCGUCACUACAAGGAAUUCCACAAUGAUGAUAAAGGCUAUCUUAAAUGCUGUAAAGUAAAAUUAAGAGAACUGUGGCAUGUACGCGACCAUAUUCGAUCACAUUUGGAUCCCGAAUGCUUCAAAUGCAAUGCGUGUGGCAAGAGCUUUUCAACGGGAAUGAUGUUGACCCAGCACAAACGACGCCAUAAAUUAACACUGAAUAAAAGGUUCGUCUGUGAUUAUUGCGGUAAGCUUUGCAGGGAUAAACAUGCAAUUAUUCGCCAUCUUUUUACAAAUCACGUCAAUUCUGAACCGGAAUACGAGUGUGAUGUUUGCCACAAAAAAUUCCAAUUGGCCUCACUGUUAAAGUCUCACAAAUAUACGGUGCAUCGUGAGAAAAAGGCGAAUCAAAUUUGUUAUAUUUGUGGAAAAGGUUUCUAUGUGAAGUUCCAUCUCGAUAAACAUAUGUUGUCGCAUGCUGAGAAAUCGGAACGAUUGGCUGAAAGUAAACAAUGCGAAUGGUGUGGCGAGUGGCUGAUGACCAGAAGUGGAAUCUAUUAUCAUCAACAAAAGCACACGAGUGGCAUUCAAAAAUGUGACGAAUGUCAAGCAGAAUUUACAAAUCGUGUUGCAUUGCUCGGACACAUUCGACAGUACCAUCGCGAACACAAAUUCAAAUGUACCUAUUGUGAUAAAACUUUCGCCACCAAUUCAAAGAUGAAGGCACAUGAAGAGUCUCAUACACGGCAUAAAGUAUAUCAAUGUAGAUUCUGUCCAAGAACAUUUUCUGUUCCAAGUUCGAGGCGAACACAUACACGAAGAAAUCAUUUAGAAGAAAUUAAACGAAGAAAGAAAACGGAAGACGUAACAAUUGCACAAAAGAAACUAACUGUGGACAACUGAAUGUUUUCUUUAGAAAAAAUUUGAAUUUAAGUAAAAGACAUCAAAUAAAUUAUUUAAAAAAAGUCUUCAUGUUUUUUCCUUAAUUUUUCUAUUGCUCAUAAUUUUAUAUGCAUGUCAUAUUAAGAAAAUUCAUAUUUCUUUGUUCUAUA